AUGUGUUUCCUGAGUGCGACACUAUUAAAAGUCGUAAGCGGCGGUUGGUUUACCUUAUCUGUUGCCGUGAUACUGUGUUCUGUCAUGAUGUUGUGGAAGUGGGGAACAACUCGCAAAAUCGAAUUUGAACUUAGUCACAAGACUAAGCUUGGUGAUAUAUUUGACGGAAAAACUUUAAAUGGCCAUGGAAAUAGAUUGGAAGAGGACGAUGGGGAAAUCGAUGAACUUACAAGACCUCAACUUCGUCUUUUGGAUACAAAAUUCCCGGUGAACCGUCUCCCUGGGAUUGGACUCUUUUAUAGAGAAGCUGGCAUGGGAGUUCCACUGUCAUUUAGUCAUUUUGUUGAACAUUUUCCAUCUCUCCCCGAAAUUGUUGUCUUCAUCACAAUACGGCCAGUUGCCGUUCCCAUCGUCGGGGAAGAGGAUCGACUGGUUGUACAAAAGAUUGGGAAUUAUGAAGGUAUGUAUCAGGCAAUCGCAAGAUACGGUUACAUGGAGGCUGUUGAUCAAGGUGACCAGUUUAUAUCAAGAUUGGUGAACGCAAUAAGUAUUUCUGAUCCUACAAAAACAAGCAUAAGAAAUAACGAAAAAGAAGUUAUCACCUAUGUUAUAAGUCAGCCUUCGUUUAUUUCGAGAGAAAAUUCGCCAUGGUGGAGGAAUGUUUUCAUAGCUUGGUAUCGUUUCAUUGCAACCAAUUCACGUCAAAUACACGGGACUUGGCAUAUUCCAGUCGAUGAUCUCAUCGAUGUUGGAAUGAAGGUCCCGCUUUAA